AUGGCGGGGAACAGGUAUGUGUGCUGGCGCUUUGACGCCUUCCGCCUGCUGGCCAGCUCAAAACACAUUGACCUCUCACGUCUCAAUCAGAUCUCUUCUGUUCCGGACGAGCCUGAGUUUCUGCGCGACGUGACUCAGCUGGACCUGAGAGAUAACCCGUCUGAGUGAGCUGGAGCGCGCCUCCCCUUCCCCGACUGGAGGUGCUGUAAUUGUCAGAGAAACCUCAUCACACACCUGCGCCUGAGGGGCUGCUCCUCAAAGCCCUCACGCCUCAACAGCAAUGAGCUGCAGGAGCUGGGCGUCAGUCCCGCUACCGCCGGGACUCACACAUACAUGGACAUCUCCAGGAACUGCAUGAAGGCUCUUCCUGAUUGGCUGAGUGACAGCAAGAAGCUGGAAGUUCUAGACGUCGUCACAAUCCACAUCACUGAACACCUCCAUUGGCUGCUGUGCAGUGGGAGUCUGAGGAAGAUCCUGGUGGGUCAUAAUGCUGAAGGCCUGCCGGAGCGAGUGGAGCGUCCAGCGGUGGAGGUGCUGGAUAUACAGCACAAUCAUCUCAGCGAGCUUCCUGCAACUCUUCUCAAAUCAGAGUCAAGUGUGUGUCUGAACGCAUCGGCCAAUAAGCUGGAGAAUCUGCCGGCGUCCAGCCUAUCAGAGGAGAGCAGCAGCGUCCUGCAGGAGCUGUACCUGACCAACAACCACCUGACAGACAGGUGUGUGCCGCAGCUGACCGGACACACACACUGCAAGAUCCUGCACAUGGCCUACAAUCACCUGCAGACCUUCCUAGCCAGUAAAAUGGCCAAGCUGGAGGAGCUGGAGGAGCUGGACCUGAGUGGGAACAGGCUGAAGCGGUGCCCACCACCAUCAUGAACUGCAGAUCGCAUGCACACACUAGCGGCUCACCCAACUGCAUCGAGGUCUUCCCCUGAGGUCCUGCAGCUCCUGGAGAUGAAGUGUGUGGAUCUGAGCUGUAAUGAGCUGAGUGAGAUCACGUUACCUGAGAGUCUACCCGUAAGCUUCAAGAGCUGGAUCUGACGGAAACCAAGGCGUCUGAAUCUGGAUCACAAGACCCUCGAGCAGCUCAAUAACAUCCGCUGUUUCCGGAUCGACCCGCCCCCCUCCUCGUUCUCAGCCAAUGAGGGAGCAGGAGGACCAGCUGUCUGGAGUCACGGCUUCACCGAGGCCUCGGGCGUCAAGAACAAACUGUGUGUGGCGCUGUCGGUGAACAGCUUCUAUGGCAGCAGAGAAGCUCUGCACGGGGUGUUUGACGGCGACAGGAGCGUGGAAGUGCCAGAUUUACUGCAGUGCACCAUGAACGACAUACUGGCCGAGGAGCUGCACAGGGACCAGAGCGAGGAAGACUACAUGACCAACACCUUCCUCGUCAUGCAGAGGAAGUUGGGCACCACCGGACAGAAGCUGGGCGGGUCGGCGCUCUGUCACAUCCGUCACGACCCCCACAGGACCCCGCGGCUGCUUCACCUCACCGCUGCUAACGUGGGCAAGUGUCGGGCGGUGCUGUGCCGCGACGGCAAGGCUCUUCCUCUGUCUCUGCUGCACAACAUCAGCAUCACGGAGGAGUACAGCCGGCAGCAGCAUAAAGCCAUCAUCACGAGUGAAUCUGAUUGGAAUGUUGUUCCAGGAUCCACAAGAAUCUUGUACUUGGUGAAAUCAAGCUCACCCACUUCGUACCUUCCUUGUUUCCAACAGGACAACAAAGUGAAUGGUGUAACGGACUCCACUCGCAUCAUGGGCUACUCCUUCCUUUACCCGGCAGUCUUGCCUCGCCCAUACGUCACCACCCUCCCACUGACCCCCAGAGAUGAGUUCUUCAUCCUGGGCAGCAGAGGUCUGUUUGAAGUCUUGGACCCUAGCGAGGCAGUGGAAGCCGUACGGAAGGUGCCCGAUGCCCUGGCGGCCGCCAAGAAGCUGUGCACGUUGGCGCAGUCGUACGGCUGCACCGAUAGCCUCAGCGCUGUUGUGGUGCAGCUCAAUGUGGCGGAAGACUGUUGCUGUUGUUGUUGUGCGGCGUCUGCGGAGCCCGGCUCCGGAAACACGCAUGCACCUCCGAGCCCCGGGCCCGGGCUGUUCCCGGCCUCCUCCGCCGGUGUUCCCCCGUCCUCCUGCAGCGAGAUCAGCUCCGAGGUCAGCGCGUCUGAGAUGAGCUCUGGUGGAUCGACCGCGUCCUCGGACGAGCCCCCGCUCCUGCUGCAGGAGGCACAGCUCCACCUCCAUCCGCAGAGCCACCCCAACCCACGCCUCCCCUGCUGCUCACUCCACCUUGCUCCCAGCUCCGCAAGCUCCUUCCAGAGGCAGCUGUCCAGUGCCACCUUCUCCAGCGCACUCUCGGACAACGGCUUGGACAGCGAGGACGAGGAGCCCAUCGCUGGAGUCUUCUCCAACGGCAGUCGGGUGGAAGUGGAAGCUGAUGUCCAUUGUCUGCUGCCUUUGCCUCCGCCUCCUCCACCCUGCACCCCAGAAACCUCGGAGAAGCUUCCCGGAGGAAGCCGAGAACCUUGUGGGAGCGGAUUCUUGGAGCAAGACCUGGGGAAGCGAAGGAAACGGCUCGUGGCGCUGCAGGAGCAGAGUCACAACUUGAUUGAGGUUGCAACUGAAGUUCCUUCAAAGAAACCUGGAGGUUACUUUACGGCACCAGCUCAACCCGACCCAGACGACCAGUUCAUCAUCCCUCCAGAGCUGGAGGAGGAGGUGAAGGAGAUCAUGAAACAACAUCAACAGGACCAACAGAAGCCACCGGCUAAGAGCGAGAGACCUGCAGACUACUACGACACGCCGCUCUGA